ACAAAAAUGUUGCUGGCCAGAUGAAUAGCGCUGUAAAUAAAUCUUGACUUUUAUAUACUAUUUGAACGUCAUUGAUUUUAUUUGGUGCCAUAAAAAAAAGCCAAGAAGGAAAAGUGACCAAUGUGUAGAAACAUUACUUUUUAGGCCUAAAUUUAAGUUAUAGCUUAUUUAUUUUAAGCCUAAUUUUAGGUGGCGCUAAAGAACAUUUAUAAUAUUGUAAUUAGGUAGAGAUCAAAUAGAUUCAAUUGUCUAUUAGUGUUACAAGAUUCUUCAGGGAAAUUUUUCGUAAUGUCUGUUGAAGAAGGAUUUGUUUCUAAGAGACAAGCAAGAAAGUCUGCAGAUCUGAAAAGAAUUAGGAUGAAGGAAGAACAAACUGUGAAACUUAAAAGGGUGAGGGCCAUCCUGAAAAAGGCUGGAUGUGACAGAACAGAAGAUGAAACCAAAGUGCUCAAUCAGUUUCAGGACGUAGUAGAGGUAGUAGAACAACAGAUGAUAAAGCACAAAUCUUUGAAGGACAGGUUGAAAGAGAUAGAAGAUCCCCCUGAUGUGUUAAGAGCAAAAUGUGUUGAACUAGCAGAAACAAUUAGACAUGCUGACUUUCUUGUAACAUACACAGGUGCUGGUAUUAGCACAGCGGCCAAAAUUCCAGACUAUAGAGGGCCUGAAGGAGUGUGGACACUGCUUCAAAAAGGCCAAGAUGUUAAAGUUUUGGACAUCGCCACUGCAGAACCUACGUAUACUCACAUGAGUGUAAGCGAACUUUAUCGACGUGGGUUCAUUGCUCACGUUGUCUCUCAAAACUGUGACGGUCUUCACUUGCGCAGUGGUCUUCCUCGAGGUGCCUUAUCUGAAGUUCAUGGAAAUAUGUACAUUGAGGUUUGUACAAAAUGUAAACCUCUACGUCAGUAUGUAAGGCUGUUUGACGUCACAGAAAGGACGAGUCUCCGCCGUCAUAAAACGGGGAGGUACUGCCAUAAAUGCAGUGCCGAACUGAUUGAUACAAUAGUUCACUUUGGAGAGAGGGGUCGACUUAGGUGGCCAAUCAACUGGGAAGGUGCCGUGAAAGCCGUAGAAAAUUGUGAUGUUAUUCUUUGUCUUGGGACCAGUCUAAAGGUUCUCAGGAAAUACCACUGUCUCUGGGCACUAGAUAAACCUUUGCAGGAACGUCCCAAAGUGUACAUCGUCAACCUGCAGUGGACCCCAAAGGAUGACAAAGCUGUUUUAAAGAUAAAUGGCAAAUGUGACGAAGUGAUGAAGCUAGUAAUGGAUCAUUUGGGAAUUCCAGUGCCAAACUAUAGUAGGGAAAAAGACCAGAUUUUCCGAUUAGCAGUGCAACUCACUUCAGAAGAAGAAGAGUCAACCACAAGACAACAGCUAACCUUUACUCAACAACAACAACAACCUGAAUUAAAUAACUACAAAAUGAAAUCUACCCCUGGGCCAUCUUUUGAUACAGGCCCUUUUUACGAAUCAACUGCCAAGGUUACAAAAGAGGACCCCGAUGAUGGUUCUACGUCUGUGGAUGAACUACCUCAACAAAGCAUCAAAGAAAUGUUACUUUCGGGAGUAAAGGAUGAAGUGGAAGAGCAACAUUCCACAUCUGAGCUUCACAGAGAACCUGUCCCAGUCAAAACUGAAGUAAGUUUAUCAAAGUCCUCCCAUUGUUUAGAAGAAGAUCUGGCAUAUUCGACCGAAGAUUAUUCCGAAACUUACCCAAAUGAUGAAAAGAAUGGGUGCCAUAGAUUUACGGAAGAAAUUUCAGAGGAAAAAGAAAUCAUGCCCGGCUGGUUUGGAAAGGGUUUUGCAAAACUGAAAAAAGCAAAGAAGAAACGGCCUUGAAUUCUAGUGCAAGAUCCCUAAAUGUUUUUUUAUUAUUAUUGAAUAUAUAUACUCCGUCAAAGAAAGUUACUGGGGGAGACAAAGAACGAAAGUCGUACGCCACUCAAUUGACUGUACGGACUAGCGUAACCGUGUUUAGGUUUAUAGUAUGACGAACAGAAUAACUAAUGUAUAAUCUUGCGUGGAACCAUCUCGUUAGAACAUAACCUCAAAUUAGAGAAUAAUGAAGGUUAUAAGUUGUGUAUCAGAGAAAUCGUUUUUAAGUUAUGAAGGUUACUUUGAUAAAAUUAUUUUAUCAAUACAAUCUGUUUAUCGUCACUAAAAAUGUAUUUUUUAACUUUCCACCUCCGUCUGAUGGUGAAACACGGGAUAGACUCAGGACCUGGCCUAGAGGAAUAUCAAAUGUAAAACUGUAUUAUUUGAAGAGAGUUAAAAAUUAAAGUAUAUUUCUUCCGAAACAUAAGGUCCUUAAGUACAAAGUUGUGGAAAAUAUGAAACGAUCGUUUUCUUAAAGUUUGAGCCUAAUUAAUUCUAAC